AUGCUCUUCUUCCAGUCCGUCGCCUCUCUUGCCGCUCUUGUGAGCUUGGCUGUUGCCAGCCCCAUCGAGAGCCGUCAAUCUGCUACUCGAUGUGGAAGCACCAGCUACACUGCCGCUCAGGUCCGAGCUGCUGCCAACGCCGCCUGCCAAUACUACCAGAAUGAUGAUACUGCUGGUAGUUCGACUUACCCUCACACUUACAACAACAGAGAGGGUUUCAACUUUAUCGUGAACGGCCCCUACCAGGAGUUCCCCAUCAGGACCAGUGGUGUCUACACUGGAGGCUCCCCUGGUGCUGACCGCGUCGUCAUCAACACCAGCUGUCAGUACGCUGGUGCUAUCACACAUACCGGAGCUAGCGGCAACAACUUUGUUGGUUGCACUGGCACCAACUAA